CGUCUAAGUAUUCAUGACCGAAUCAAAAUAGUCAAUGGAGGAUUUACAAUUUUGGCGUGGUUAGAAACGAAAAAUGAAGAAGUUUAAAGGAAUAUUUAAGGGUAAAACUACAAAAGGCUUAAACACCUCAGGUUCUGGAUCUAUUGGAGGUGCAAGUGGUUCACAUAAUUUAAAUAGCUAUGACUUAAAAGAAAAAGAUUUACCGAAAAUUCACAAAGCAGCUUGGACUGGUGACAUUUCAAAAGUUAGACAACUUGCUAAGAAAGAUCCGACAGCUUUGGACAAAGAGAACAGGACUCCACUUCAUCUUGCCUGUGCACAGGGUCAUGCUGAUGUGGUCGAGGCACUACUGGAAUGGAAUGCCAGAGUCAAUGUGGGAGACAACCAGGGAAAGACACCUUUGAUGAAAGCAAUAGAAUGUAAUCAAGAAAAGUGUGUAAAAUUAUUAUUGGAGCAUAAAGUUGACAUAAAUGUAACAGAUAAAGACAAAAAUACAGCAUUACAUCUGGCUGUGAAGGAGGGAAAUACUGCCAUGGUGGCUCUGCUUGUGAGAUAUGGGGCCAAAGUCAACGUAAAAAAUAAGGACGGGAGAACUCCAUUGAUUUUAUCAGUUCAAGAUCCAUCCAAGAGAGAUGAACCUACACGGAUCCUGUUAGAGAAUGGUGCCGAUCCUAAUUUAGUGGAUAACGAACAAAGAUCUGCGUUACACCAUGCCUGUAUAGAAGAUGGAAUUCAUCAUGUUAAAUUGCUAUUACAACAUAAAGCCAGCACAGCUCUCAAAGAUGUUAAAGGUUGGACAGCAGAAGACUGUGCUAUGAUGAAAGCCCAUCACGCAUGUUCUCAGGUUGUAUUUGACCAUAACAUUAAACAACGGCACCUGUUAACUGGCAGUGUGCCAAGCACGCCACGCACCACUGACUCUGCCACUCCGAGUAGACACACCACGCCAAGAGAUAACUCAGCUUCAGAUUUUGGAAUGCCACAUUUAGGAAUGCCCCAAGGUCAUGAAGAGGAUGCUGACGAUUCAGAUGACCAGACGGUCAGUAAACACUCGUUACAUGACAACAGACAGGAUUCCUGGGCAGACGACACUGAUAUCAGCUCGGCAACUGAUGACCAUAAACUCAAGCCAGUGGUAGUUGGCGCAGCUGUAAAGACCAGCUUGACCAAACAUAUCAAAAUGGACAGUGACGAGGACGAAGAAGGCGGACAUGAUGAUGGAGAGGGCGGAGUUAAUGUUAAGGCAACCAAUGGGAAACCAGUCCCAGAUCCGAAUCAUCGACGAUCACCAGUGAAAUUCCGAAAAGUUCUAGUUAGCACAGGAGAUUUUAAACGUCCCAUGUACAGCCGUACCCCGACACCAGAGGGUGACUUGAGAAAAUCCCCAGCCUCUCCGUUCACUAGUACCCCUUCUAAGAUUCCGGUAAAACAGAGAUUAUCCGGUGCGUCACACACGUCAGUAGAUGAAGAUUUUAGUGAUGAUGAUGACGAUGAUGAUGAAGAUGAUUCCUCUCCUAUACAGAGAAACAGAGUUUCGUUCAGUGAUCACCAGCAAGUCAGAAAUAUUAGUGCCACCGAUGAUGACACUGAUAUAGAAGAUGAUGAGGAAGAAGUAGAACCAUCCAAGAAACGUAGGAUAGAAACACCAGAAGAGGCCUCUACUGGAUCUGGUGGAUACACACCAACUGGUGUCGGUUCAACUGAACCAACCAAACUAUCUAAGGAGAGCUUUAAAGCAGAGAAUGGCGGAAAUGCUUUUAUGGCUGAGAUGGGAAUGGAAGAUGUAUCAGAUGUCAGCGACUUUGAUGACUCCGAAGUGAAGAGCCCACGUGAUUCUUCAGGUCCAAACUCACAACCCAACACACCUAGAGGGAUACUGAAAAAGCCUGAAACAGUUGGAAAACCACCCUCUAACCAAAACCUUAUAGACACUGAUCCUUACUGGGACUCUGAGGAUGAUGAUCCCCUAGACCAGGACAAUGAAAUAAUAGUGGAGGCAGAGGUUCACCCUGCCACAAUCCAUGCUUCACUGCAAAGUCCAGUAGAGAAGGAUGAGGAGAGUGACUGGGACUCAACACGUCAUAGUGGAACAGAUAAAGGGAGCCAGUCUAUCCAAAUACGAGAGGAAGUUGAGUCUCCAGAAGUUGACAGUGACCUGGAGGAUACACUUAACCCGGAGAAAUCUACCAUUGAGAAGGAUCCGACUGUGAUUGAGGACCUGUCUACGAUACAGGACUCGAACACAGCCACAGUUGAAGUAGCCCAAGAAUCUACAACAGUAGAGAUAGUACAAGAAUCUACAACUUUAGAGAUAGUCCAAGAAUCGACCACCCCUGACAAUGUCAGUGGACAAGAUAAACUUGCUGACACAGGUGAAAUAAACGCCUUGUUUAUAAAUGAGUUGAAUGAGUCUACUGAUAUCAGUCACCAAGGGUCAAGGUCAAGUAGUGUUGCCAUGGAGACACAAAGAGCCAUGACAGUAAUUGAGAAAACUGAAACAACAGACAAUGAUUUAAAGUCUUCAUUUUCACAAGACAUGAUUACAAAGAUUGAAAAUGUCAAAAGAUCUAAGCUAGCAGAACAUGAUGAUGAGGAUGAAUUUGAUUCUGAUGAUGAAACAAUGGAUAGAAUAGAAAUGGGCACUCAAGGUACCCUUGCUUCAGAUUUAGGAACACACACACUUGAUCAAUUGGAGGAAAAAGAUGUUGGUGAUAAUGAUGUUGAUCAGAAUGAGGAAAGUUUUGAAAAACUUAAUGUAAAUGAAGAAAAAGAAGUAACUGAAAAUCAGGCAGAAAUUGACGAGCUUAUAUCAGAGGAAAUUGAUUACUACAAUGGUAGUGAGAAAUCUAUAGAAGAAGAUGUUGCUCAUAAGGAAUCCAGCUUGAAAGAAGAGAUAGAAAAAAGUGUGAGUGAAGGAUUGGAAGGUAGUAGAGCAGACUUUAAAGUUAUGGACCGUCUUAGUGCUCCAAAAGUUAUGCUGGAGUACGAACCAAGCACAACUGAAGCUGAAGAUUCAGAUACUCUUGACACAGAAUCUCUUCAAGAGGACUUUGUUCAGAUGGUGAAGAAUAAGAAAAAGAAAAAGUUGUCCUCAGAAACAAAACAAAAAAUAUCUUUAAGUAGAAAUGGAAGUAUGAGCUCUGAUAAGGAAGUAGCACGAGCUCUGGCAGACGAGUCGCCAACUACAUUAGCCAGUCGGCUCCUGGCUCAAAAUAAGGAUGACUUCAACAGAGCCAGUACUGAGCCGAUCACUCAAGAUACAAUGGAGGAGCAAACAUCAUUGGCUGAUGAUGAAGGGGAUGAGACAAGUCAAUGGGACUCAACAGAAGAAGCCUGUACACCAAGGACGCCAAGAGAUACUGCCAUUUUCGUAAACCAGGCACAAAGUCCUGAGGUACAGGCAUACGAGUAUGAUGAAGAAGAUGAGGAAUCCAGAAAACAGGAUAAGAUUCACAUGGCUGUUACAUCAUUUGGUGUCAGGCAAGAAAUUGACCCAUCCCCCGGGGUACAGUCCCUGUCAUCUGGUGUAAUGUCACAGCCCACACCUGAACCUCAAUCUGACUCCUCCCAGUUGAGGUCACGUGACACACCAGACCCUCCCACAACAAGUGGUUCCGCCUCCAUGCAGAGAACCGUUAUACAAGCACAUGUAGAAGAACCAAACGAAUCUCCUAGACAUCCAGAUGAUGAAGAUGAUGAUGAUGAUGAUAACUGGGACUCGGAAGAUGAUUUUCAGUCUGGGGAAGAGGAUGAAGGGGAGGAGCAUGAAGAGAAUAGGGCGGAGCAUCAAGUUGAAGAGGUUGUACCUUCUCCAGUAGUUGUAGGCAUAGAUUCAGUAGAAAACACUCCCAGAACACCAAGAGGACAGAGCAGUGCUGCCACUGAUGAUGAGUCUGUCAGUGAAUGGGAAGUAGAGAGACAAAAGGAAAAGGAAGAAAAAGAAAGGAAAGAGAAAGAAAUGAGGCUUUUACAAGAGAUGGAAGAAGAGGAGGAGCGUCAGAAACAGUGGGAGGAGGAGGAAAGGCGGAGACAGGCGGAGAUAGAGAGAGAAGCACAGGCGGAGCUUGAGCGGGAAAGACUUGCAGCAGAGGAUGAGGAUUCUGAUCUGAGUGAUUUCAGUGACAAUCCCAUGGCUGACAGCACUCACCAACCUGAUUCUGAACACUCUCAUCCUUCCCAGCAUGCAUCACAGAGGUCACAGCCUUCAGAGGAAAGGUCACGAGGGUCAGAUAACUCUAACCUGAUUUCACCUAGAGUGCCACGUGAGCUUAAGAAACCACCACCAAAGUUGGUAGUCACAAAGUUCAUACCCCCUUCACUAACCCAGAGGGAGAAUAAAACACCUGUGACGCUUGGAGAGAUAGAGAACGAGAGUCCAGGUCCGGUUUAUGAUGAUAUGAUACAGCCAGAACAACAACAACAACAAAGGUUUGCAUCUCCGGAUGAAGUUAAAGGUCAGGUAAAUGAUGUGUAUGAUAAACAUGAUGAAGAAUCAGAUGAAGAUAUUGAGGAAAUAAACGAUGAACAAGUUGAAAAUAUUCCUCAGUAUGAAGCUAAGGAACAGUUUGGAGAAGACCAGACUGACAAAUAUCAAAGUUUAAUUGACUUUAACUCAGGUACUGGACAAUAUAACAGUGGACAAUAUAAUAGUGGACAAUAUAACAGUGGACAUUAUAAUACUGGAUCUUACAAUAGUGGACAGUUUAAUAGUGGACCAUUUAAUAUAGAUGAACUGAACGCCAAGAAGAAAGUGGAAGUUGAAGUUCAAUCGGAUGAAGAUGAGUUUGAAGACGGAGUAGUGGAAGAAAUGAUUUUACCACAAGAUAUGAAGAAAGAGGAAAGUGGGAUCACUCAAGCAGCUAAAAGCACUGAGCUGUCUGUCAAUGGUGAUAUAAGUGCAGGAAAUGCUGAACCUUUAUUGAGUGCACCGCCCCCACUACCGCAGACGUCCCCACCUGGGAAGGCAAUGUCAUUACAGAGUGAUGGACAAAGUGUUGAAGAUGAUGAUUUAGAUGCCCAUAUACACACAAAGCCACCAGGCCCAUCUUUUCUACCAGAUCUCUCCGGAACUACAGGUCUGUACAGUUCAGGCCUGGAAGUUCCAUUUGACGAUGAUGGUUUAUCGGUAACAUCAACAGAGAACGGUGAUAUCAGCAGCUCAUAUAGACCAGAAAAUCUACCAUACGGCAAAGAUAUGCUUGUUAACAUGAAUCUCAAUGACUCGAGUGCAGUGUUAAAGCUGCAGGAACAUCUGAGAGAACAUCGUAAACAGCUCGAGUAUGAACGUAACCAGAAAAUGUUGCUAGAGAGUAAACAAAAACAGAUGAACAAAGACAAGGCUGAGAUGCAAAAAAUGUUGGACAGUCUAAAGUACCAGAAGUCAGCUCUUGAACAAAGCAAGCUAGAUCUGGAGGCCAAGAUCAGAAAUCUUGAGUAUUGUGUGAGUGAUGAGGAGGAGAAAAAGAAGAAUGCAGAACUUUUGUUGAAGAAAACAAAGGAACAGUUAGCUAAGAAGGAAGAACAAUAUACUCAUGAGAUGGAGGCUAAACAGAGAGCUGAGCUUGCUAUGAGGAAUGUACAAAUGGAACUUCGAUCUGCACAGAACCAAAUGAAAGAUUUGGAAGAAGAGAAGGUGGAGCUAGAACGUCAGUUAGCCAAUGAGAAGAAUGCUCGCCAGUUACAGGAAAAGAUCAACGAAGAGCAACAGAGGUUACAGCAACAUAUGCAUGAAGAGUCAUUUAAAACUUCCUCCGAGAAGGAUGAUGGCAGGGAUGAAGCUAACAAGUCGUUAGAGCUGGCUGAUGAUGAUAUAAAACAAGCGAGAGAUCUUGUAGAAAAAUAUAAAAAUGAGAUUACGGCCCUCAAGGCGGAAUUACAGCGUCAACGAACGCGUCUCACUGACGAGAAUAACUUAUUGUCGUCAGAUAACGAGAAGUUACAGCAGCGUGUGGAGGACCUUCGUAAUGAGGUCAAGGACCAUGAGGAGGCCCUGACACAGCUCACCGUACAGCAGAACCUUCAUAAUAGCAAGCUAAUGUCCGAGUCUACCAUGCUCAGUAACUCCCUGGACAAGGAAAGGAUUGCGAGGGAAAAAUUAGAGGCAGAGCUUGAAUCUAUACGUACAAGACUUCAGUCAUCCAAUGUGCAAGUAGAGAAGGCCCAACAGGCCAGAAAUGACCUGGAAAGACGUUUACAUGGUGACCGUGAAGAAUGGGCCAGGCAGCUUGACAGGAAGGAUCAGGAACUUGCCAGCCUAAAGGAAAAAGUUCAAGCCCACAUACAGGCACUAAAUGCUACAGAGAGCAAACUUAACGCUGUAGAAAAUGAGUUACAAAUAUCUAAUACAACAUUACUGGAGAGAACUAACCAGUAUCAGCAAGUACAGAGAGAUCUACAGUUUUACAAGACUGCUCAAGAAAAUAACGACUCUAAUAUAAAACAUGAAAAGGAGAUGAAUGCUAAGUAUGUUGCCAAGAUUGAAUCAUUACAAGAAAGACUAUCAAGUAUACAGCAUGAGAACCUCAGUCUGAAGCAACAGGUGGACACAGCACAACAUCUUGCCAACGAUAGAGCCGGGUUUGAUCUCCAGGACAAACUUAACACCAUGAUCACCACACUGAAAGCUGACCAUGAUAAGGUUAGGGCAUCUUUGGAGGAAAAGAAUACUAAUCUACAGGACACGAUCACACGGUUACGAGAGGAGGUCCGGAACUCAGAGAACCGGCGCAGCAACUUGGAGCAGGACAUCCGGCGCCUGAAUCAGGAACAGAAUGACAUCAUCAGGAAACUGUCAAUUGCUGAGGCUUCCCUCGAUGUUGCCGCAAAGGCACGUGAUCAUCUGGAACAGGAACGUUUAGCGUUGAAGAUGGAGAUAGAGAAAUUACAACAGAAGUAUAACACUGCCCAGGAGACCACAAUACAGGCUCAAACCAAGAUGGGCGAGCUUGUAGAUAGGCUCGAUAGGACAGAACAAAGUCGAUUAAUGAGUAACCAACAACUUGCUGACACUUCUGCAACCAUGCACGCCUUUAAUACAUCCAAGUCGGAGCUUGAGGAGAAUUACCAAAAGAUUCAGGUAGAAAAUGUUCGGUUAGAUGCGGAGCUUAAACACGAGAAACAGAAAACCGAUAUGUUACAACGAGAUCUUGCUGACUCCCAAAAGGUGCGGAGCAGUCUCGAAGCAUUGUGUUCAAAUUUGAAGUCAACUAAUGCUCACCUUGAGGAGAAACUAGGGGGCGAGGUAGUUAGUCGUAACCUGUAUGCAAAGGAGGCGGAAGAUCACAAAGGAUUAUGGGAACAGGAAGUUUUAUCGCGUUCAAAACUUGGGCUAAGGAUUGCACAGUUAGAAAGACAUAAACAGGAAACCUCCUCCCACUUAGAAGAGGAGAAGCGAAGAACAAGGAAAGCAUUAGAGCAGAAGAAACUGGCAGAGACCAAACUUGAGGCUGAGCAAGACAAAUGCCAGAACUUACAGAAAGAGGUUGCAAACCUUAAAGCAUAUCUCAAAGUAGCCAAGAAAAGGUUAAAGGAGCCUGGCAGUGAUGAUGCGCAGGAUACUAACGAGAACCGUAUGAGUAAUCUACACUCUGCCUUUGACAAGGAGAGGCAUGCAAUGGAAGAAAUGCUUGUCUCUGUUAAAUCUCAGUUGGAGCACAUGAAAAUACAGCUUCAAGACGAGAUAGAGGAAAAGGAACGAGUCCACAGUAAAAAUCAGCAGCUUGAAAACGAGCUGAAAACUGUUCAGAAAUUAGAGCGGUCAGUUCAGAAGAUUGACCGCAGUAAAAGGAAACUCGAGACAGAGUUUAAAGCCUAUAAGAAUUCAGUAGAGACUGGCUACACAGAGAAGUCGAGUGUUGAGGAGGCAAAGAAAGAGAUUGAGGCCAGGUACCGACAAGAGCUGAACCGGAAACUGGACGAGGUGAACAACUAUCUGGAGGAGCAGGCAAGAACUAGGCAACGACUUGACCUCAGUCGAGACGAGCAGGAAACUAAGAUCAGGAAUGACAAGAAAAGAUUUGAGGAGGAGUGUAUAGAUUUACGUAUCAAAUAUGAACAAGCCAUCGCCAAACUUGAAACCAAAGAUUUAGAGGCGAAGCGGUACAGAGAUUUAUACGAGAGCGAGAUGCAGUGGAGAAUGCGACUGAGUGAACAAUUGUACAAGUCCACAGACAAGGCAUUCGGCUUCAAAAACAAGUUAGUUGCCGAGCGUCAGAAGAACAGAAUGUAUGGCAGUAUGACCAACCUGUCGAUGAAUGGUCACACACUCGACAUAAGUAAGUUGAAUGGAACACUAGCAGAAGACGCCCUCAGCAAUAGAUUACGGGCUGAACUUGAUAGAAGUAUAGCCAAACAUUUAGAAGCAGCACCACAUGAUCAAAUCCGUCCAUUGAUACGAAGUGACGACCCAGUUCUCAGUUCAAACUUUGCAAAAGCAAGUGCAGAUUAUAUUGAAGUUUUGAAAAGGAAAUAUUGUGUAUAGCAUAUACUUAUCAAGUGUUGUGAUUUCUAUUUAUUUCCGUCCAUUUUGUUUUUAAUUUUU